UUUUGUCCAUUGCAUAAAGUAAACAAAAAAUUAUAAAAACCUUUUGUUAAUAAUUGAAUAUAAUUUUGUUUGUUGUUUAAGUUACUCCCUUAACUAUAUUAAAACCACUAAGGAGGAAUUAUUUGACCUCGAAAUUACGGCUUACGCCUAGAAAAAGCCUCGUCUAAGAACGGCCAAUUCGUCCUAUACCUUAGUAUAGAAAUACGGAACUCCCGAACUUAACUCAGUUUACUAGAAUCCACCAAAAUCCUAUUUUGGGAUUUGUUUUGUACUCCACCGUAUAUAAAUGAAAAUUUUAGGUUAUUGAACAAAUUGCAUGUGGUUAAUACAUAAAACUUCGAAGAACAGUAACGCGGUACAGUUAUGUGACGCCACACAUUAAGCUAAUGUGAGAGGGAAACUCCUAAAUCUCGAAGGCAGAGAAAGGAUGGCCAGGCCGUAUUAUCCUUAAACGAUAAUGGCAAUGAAGCGCGAUCUUUAUCCACCUAGAGUUGAAUUACGAAUGGAGUUUACUCUUAUCUUUUUUGUACAUUGCAUAAAGUAAACAAAAAAAUUAUAAACAAAAAACAUAAUUGAAUAUUAAUUUACAAUAGCAAAAAAACAAAACGUAACGAUAAGUAGUAAGAGAUUAUUGACCUGCCUUUAGAAAAUUGAUAAAGAAAUAAACAAAUUGUGUUUGACUACAAAGUGGGUCAAUAUUGUUUUUUUUUUCUUGUUUGUUUACUUUACGAGAUUAGCGUCAUAAGGGAAUUGCCAACCUUGGAAAUUGAAGGAAAAGGCCCGACGAGGUUACAAGUGUUUAAAAACAAUCUAAGCACAUGUUUAUAAAUACAAAUUAAAUUUCAUCAGCUUAACUUCGGUGGUCAACAACAAUGGCAGGAGGCGCUGCAUCAGUAUUACGUAAUAACUCCGAACAACGUUACAGAACUUCGACACCUAUUAAAAGGGGAGAUAAUAAUACAACACCACCUACUUUCUUACGCACACAACAGCCAAAUUUUAUGUUAACCUCUCACUCAGAGGCUCUAUUGCAGGGUCUGAACGCCUUAAGAUGUUCAGACAAACUGUUUGAUGUUACCCUCAUAGUUGAGGGUAAAACGUUUAAGGCCCAUCGUGUUGUUUUAGCUGCCUGUAGCGAUUAUUUUUGCGCUAUGUUUACCGAUGCCAUGCGUGAGGCUAGACAGUCCGAAAUCAAAUUAAAUGGUGUUAAUGCUCGUGGCAUAGAGUUAUUAAUCGAAUAUGCCUACACCUCUAAACUGGAAUUGGAUCGUAAUAACAUACAAGAUGUACUCUCCGUUUCAACACACGUUCAAAUGAAAGCCGUCAUUGAGGCCUGUUCGAAUUAUUUAGAAUCUCAAAUUGAUUUAGAAAAUUGUGUAGCUAUAGCCGCUCUGGCCGAUCUUUAUGCGCUAGAUGCGCUUAAACGAAAAACGUAUCGUUUUAUUUGUGCCCGUCUUGAUGAAUUCUCACAAACUCCGGAUUUAAUAAAUCUAACAUGGGAUCAGUUGGAGUAUAUACUCUCAUGUAAUUAUCCCGUCGACUGUUCAGAGGAGAGAGUAUUACAAAUAACACUGCAAUAUUGUCUGGAGUCCAGGCUAAAGAGCGAAUUGGCUAGAAUGCUAUUUGCCAAAGUGCGUUUCAAUCAGAUCGAAACCAAUGCACUCAAUACUCUACUAUCGAAUGCUGAAUCUGCCGAAGAAGAUUCGCAACAGUAUGUGGAUAUUAUAAAGAGCGAGGUUAUAAAGCAAAAUCAGUUGAAUAAAUUAAAUACUGAAAAUGAAGAAGUGAUAUCUUUAAGUGUCUUAACCAAUUCGCGCGGCAUGGAAUUGGCUUUAGUUAAAAUUGGAGGCUUCGAAACAAAUGGUUUAACUAAUCAAAUAAGUUGUUAUUUGCCCUCGGUAGGCAAAUGGGAAGAUUUAACUGUGAUUCCACAUAUAGAACAAUGCAAUUAUGGCACAGCUGUCUUGGGCAAUGAUCUUUAUAUUGUUGGCGGUUCAUAUGAUGUUUGUUUAAAGGAAUAUAUACAUCCUUUCGGUUUUCGCUAUUGUCCCACCAAGGACAAAUGGAAAACUAUUGCUCCCAUACAGGCUGAUCGUUGUCGUUUCUCUUUAAAUGCCAUGGGCAAUAAUUUUUUGUAUGCCGUUGGUGGCGUUUGUGAGCUAAAUGAUAUUGAUGGUGAUCACUAUGCCAAUGAAAUGGCAACAUCAAAUUGUGAACGUUAUAAUGCCAGUGUAGAUCGUUGGGAAUAUUUACCCGCAUUAUCGGAGAAUCGUAGUCAACAUGCUGGCGUUGUUUUGGGUGAAAAAUUAUAUAUAUCGGGCGGCAUUGAUCGUCACAUGGUAUUGGCAUCGCUCUGGAGCUUUGAUGCAAAAACCGAAAAAUGGAACAAAUUAUGUCAGAUGCCAACACCCAGAGCCGAUCAUAUACUCAUUGCAUUCGAACAUCAUAUUUAUGCCUGUGGUGGCUGGUAUGAAGAUCCUUUAACCGAAACAAGAGUCUUAGCGGAAACCAUAGAUGUCUAUGAUGUGAAAACCGACACUUGGUCGACGGAAACAAAAAAUCCAAUGCCAAAAUAUUACACUGGUGUGGCGGCAGUUAAGAGGCGCAUUUAUUUUAUCGGAGGUCUGUUGUCGACAAACACCAUAAAUCGUGCCACCUCAGCAGUGCAGUGCUACGAUUUAGACACAAAACAGUGGUCAUUUAAUGGCGAAUGGGAAUAUCCCAAAGAAGUGUGGGAAUGUACUUGUGCAGCUUUUUAUGUACCACGAGAACGUGAUGAUUUUGUUAUGUCCUUUUAUGGGAUGUAAAAUUAUAAACAUUAAUUCUAUUUUAUUUAUACAAAAACCAUAUAAAUUAUUUUGUACUUUUUUAUAUAAACAAAACGCGAAACGAUAUGUUAAAACAUUUUUAACACUUCUAGUUCUAUUUUCUUUCUAUAAAGUAUUUGUAAAUAUGUUUCGUUUUGAGAGAAAGAAAAAAAAAAUGAAUACGAUUCUUGCUGAAUUUAUCUUUUACUCUUAAGAAAAACUUUUUUCUCUUUUUGAAAAUAGUGGAAAACUCAUAAAAAUUAUAGUAUUUGAGAAUCUCUGUCGUUAUCUAUAGAAAACAAAAAUCAUUUUUUAAACGCUUUAAUAAUAAAACCUUUCUUUACAUAAUUUAAUAAAAUUUUUAAGCUAGUUUUCUAAAUGAUAAAAUU